AUGUUUGGUGGUAAUAAUAAUAGAGAAAAUGAAAAAAUCAAACAAACGAAAAAAAGAAAAGGAGGUGCGGAAAAGGAAAGGGAAAAAAAGAAAAGACUUUUGGAUAAAAGCGCGGAGAGUUGCCAUACCAUAUCAGAAUUAUUUGCUGCAAAACAAAGAUUGGUGAAUUUGCAAAACGCCAAAGAUAACGAGGCAUCAAAAAACAAAGAAAGUGUUGAUGCUCUUGAACUAGAAAACAAAGAAAACGACAUUUCUCAUUCUCAAGAAUUUCAAGAGGCACCUACAAAUACAACUUCAAAUUCAAAUGAAGAGGCAACUGAUGAAUUGACUCCUUUCGAAAUGGUUGAGCAAAACGAAGAAAUCAGCGAAGGUGAAGAUAGGGACCAGGUAGAGGUUUGUUCCUUUAAAAAACCAUCAAACCUAAAAGAGCUGCAACUGUUCCUAAACAGCCACCCUCAACAACCCAUUGACCUUGUUGAAAGUAAUUACAAUGCCCGUUUAAUAUAUUUCAGAAAAUCUGGAUCUAGAAGAACAUGGGUAAGUUUCAACAGUUCAGAAAAAAUGGUUCACUGUUGGGUGUGCUUAGCUUUUGGUAGAGAUACUGGGGUGAAUAGUUUAGCUGCUGGUAUUAAUUAUUCUGUAAAACAUAUAUACACCAGACUUGAAGAGCAUGAAUCAACUAAAGGCCAUAUACUCAGUACCGAAGCUUACUUAAUACAUAAGAAAAACAAAGAUGUGCAUAAUUUGCUUUUUUCAAGUGCUGCUGCAGAAAGAAGAGCUAAAUUAGAAAAUAACAGGAAAAUUCUAGAAAGGGUGAUCGAAACCAUAAAAUUAGUUGGAAAACGUGGUCUAAGCUAUAGGGGCGAUAGCCAGAAUGAAGCGGCAUAUUCCUUGCUAAAUGAGAAUAUAGAUCACGGAAAUUUUCUAGAAAUUGUCUUAGUAAUUUCAAAAUUUGAUCCGUUAUUGCGAAAACAUAUUGAAGAAGUUGCGGUAAAAAGUCAAACCCGUCUUCAAAGAGUAGGAAGUCAUUCAAAAGGCAGAGGUAAUUUGGUAACCUUUUUGUCAAAGUCAACGGUCAAUAACAUAAUAGCUGCAAUAUCAAGCCUUAUUAUGCAAAAAAUUGCGAUUGAAGUUAAAAAUGCCAAAAUAUAUUCUAUACAAAUUGAUACUACUCAAGAUAUAAAUGUAGUUGACCAAUGUUCUAUAAUUAUCCGAUAUGUGAAAACAAGGGAAAAGAUAUGUACGAAAUGGUGGCCUCAUGCAUAUCUCAGUUGGGGCUUGAUAUCACUAACUGUAUUGGUAACUCAACCGACGGCGCAGCAAACAUGCAAGGGCAGUACAAUGGUUUCACAACAUGGCUGUCAAAAUUCUCUCCUGGCCAAAUACAUGUCUGGUGUUAUGCACAUGUGCUAA